AUGGUUCGCCUUUCGGUUUUCUUCGUGCUACUACUGCAGAUUACAAGUGGCAAAAACUUCACCAAAUUUCCAGCCAUUCUGAUAUUUGGUGAUUCAACUGUUGAUACGGGCAAUAAUAAUUAUAUCGCUACGCCUUUUCAAGCUAACCAUUACCCUUAUGGAAAAGAAUUCCCGGGACACAUUCCUACGGGCAGAUUUUCAAACGGGAAGCUAGUAGUCGAUUUCAUGGGGACUUUGUUAGGGAUAAAGCAAACAAUUCCUCCUUUCCUACAGUCAGAUCUUUCGUCCUAUGAGCUACGUACAGGUGUCAGUUUUGCAUCAGGGGGGACUGGAUACGAUGCCCUUACUGCUAAUAUUGGAGGAGUUGUGGCAAUGUCUAAACAAACAGAGUGUUUCAAGAAAUAUGGUCAAAGGUUAAACAAGAUCGUUGGGAAAGAAGAGGCACACAGAAUAAUAGGUGGUGCUUUGGUUGUUGUAAGUGCAGGUACUAACGACUUCCUAUUCAACUUCUAUGACAUCCCCACAAGGAGUGUUUUACUCAACAUCAAUGAAUACCAAGAAUUUAUAUUACAAAGACUCCAUGACUUUGUUAAGGAACUCUACAAUCUUGGCUGCCGGACAUUCAUAAUAGCGGGUCUUCCACCUAUUGGUUGUCUACCAGUACAAAUUACAGCGAACUUAGAUGGAACGUGUGCGGAGGAACAGAAUGUGGAUGCUCAGAUCUAUAACAAAAGACUAGUAGAACUAUUGGCUCAUACCCAACGGUCUCUUCAAGGAAGCAGAAUCUUCUAUGCAGACAUCUACACACCAAUAAUGGAUAUGAUUAAGAGUCCUAAAAAAUAUGGUUUUCGUGAAGUCACACAGGGAUGCUGUGGAACAGGGUUGCUGGAAGCAGGACCUUUAUGCACCCCGCUAACUCCAUUGUGUCACAACAGUUCAGACUAUUUGUUUUUUGAUAGCAUUCAUCCAAGUGAAAAAGCUUACCAUUAUAUUCUUGAAUUUCUCGAAAAACAAGUCAUCAGCAAGUUGUAGAAAGUACAUGAAAUUGUUUACUAAUUAGUAAUUCCAUGCAUAUUAUAUAAUUCAUCUGAUUUGCAAGACAUAAAUGGAAAACUACACUCUAAA